AUGUUUACAAAUACAUCAUCAGAAGAAUGUCAAGAAGACACUUCCAAAUUACAAACAGCAGAAAUUUUCGAUCCUCUAUUUGGAAUUCGCAUAAGUAAUCCAAAAUUAACACUCGAAACUUCCAAUACAUUCUUCUCUGGAAUGCAAAAACUUCGCCUUAGUCAACUCUCAGCAAAUCGACUUUUGUCUAUGCAAAAAAAUGAGAAUGAAGAAGGAUGGGCAACAAUGGCUGUAAUGGUUGAACGUAGUGGAUGUAAAAAGAGUGGAAAUGGAAAUGAAUAUAUUAUUUGGAGAAUGUCAGAUCUUAAGGAUUUGAAUGCUGUUUGUGUUAAGGUUCUGCUUUUUGGUGAUUGUUUUCGACAAUAUUGGAAGUUACAACCGGGCAAUACAUUUUUCUUAAAUAAUCUUCAAGUAUGUGAACCUUCUGCAAAUAAUAACAACAAUUCUAAUCGACAGACUGAAUUGACGCUAAAACUCUUCAAGCCUGGUCAAUUAAUUGAAGUUGGUUUUUGUCCAGAUCUUGGCAGGUGUCAGGGCCGAAAAGCAUCUGAUGGAGAUCAAUGUUCCAAUUUUGUCAAUAUUUCUCGUUCACUUUAUUGCCCUUUCCAUAUACAACAACGUGCUCGUCAAGUUGCUGCCAAACGCGGGACAUUGAAUCGUACUGCCAAUUUACCUACAAAAGAGUAUCGACUUCAAUCAAAGGGGCAAUCACCACAAGAAGAACGACCACCUCCAGAGCUUGUUUUGAUAAAACGUCGAAAAUCUUUGGCUGAAGAAAAGGGCAAAAAAUUUAUAAUGCCUAUGUCAGCAAGUAGAAGAGCUUCCCUUAGGAACACGUCGUUAAAUGAAUCUUUAACAAAAAUUGAUCCAGAACUUGAAAAGCAAAACAAACAAAUUGAAAAGCUUAUUUCUGAAAAUCCCUUCCAUCUUGGCUCAAAAAAUCUUCGAAUAAUGAGACAAAGAUUGUCCCAGUCUUCAAAUAAAGAAAAUAUUGACCCAAAAGCAAAUGCUGCAAAACCAUCGGAGUCUGCCAGUAAUCGUUCACUUUCUUCAAUGCGCGAUUUUAUUCAAACUCAACAAAAUUCAAUUCAUCUUACAAAUAGUUCGUCAAAUACUCGAGACAAACAAUCAAUUUUAUUGGCGGACUCAAAAAAUGUUUUGAAUUCCAAUGAAUUAAAUAAAUUGAAAAGAGCAGCAGAAAUAUUUAAAGCGGGAAAUGGAGGAGCAAGUUAUAAUGGAAAUAAACGUCAAAAAUUAGAGACAACAGCCGAACAAUCUUGUCAACAAAUAAAGAAAAAAGGAGGGUCUCUUUUGGGUGGAACUUUUACAGAUGAACAAUUAAAUUCUUUGUUAAAUAAAAAAUCUAGUUAUGAACAUGAAGCUGAUCAGGAACAAUUAAAUCGCCAAAAUCUUUAUUUUGAUCGUCGUGAAGUCGAAGAACAAAUUGAAACAAAUGCAACUUCUUUAAUGGAAAUUCGUGGUUGUAAAGUGGUUACGUGUACACAAUGUGAUUAUACCAGUGUUAAUCAAAGUACUUAUUGCAAACUUUCGGGACAUCAAAUAAAACGACAUGUGGCUGAUAAAAGAUUCUUUAAAUGUAUGGACUGUAAACGUCGAGUAAUUUGUUACGAAAAAAUGCCAUUAAAGCCUUGUUUGAAUUGUAAAUCAACUAAAUAUAUUCGUGUAGCAAUGUGUGAUGAACGUAAAGUACUUUUGGAACAAGAAAAAUUAAAAAUUAAGGAAAUUGAAAGAAAUUUUUCGACAACUAGUGAGGCAACGGUUGAUUUUGAAUAA